UGCAGCACCGACGACACCAACACGAUAUCGGCCACCAAAUCGUGCACGUCGUGUUUUCGUUCGUUCGUUCGAAAAGAUUUUGUUUUUCAUUAGUGUUGUAACCGCUUUGCGUACGAUAUCAGUUUUCUUUGCUCAGCUCAAGCUUCAUUAACCAAUCUUAGCGUAAUGCGAUUGAUAGAGAAGGUGUUUAAUCCGACGGGCAAGAAACAUGCUGGCACGUUGAUCUUCUUUCAUGGUUCUGGCGACACUGGCAAUGGAUUGACGGAAUGGAUUCGGUUUCUGCUGGGCCGGGAUAUGGAGUUUCCCCACAUCAAGGUGAUCAUCCCGACCGCACCGGUACAACCGUACACCCCGAUGGGGGGCGAAAACUCGAACGUGUGGUUCAACCGGAAGCGCAUUGAGAUGGACUGCCCGGAAAUACGGACGUCGCUUGCCUCGAUCUACGACACGGUGAACGAAAUGCUGGUGCGCGAGCUGGCUGCCGGCGUGCCGCUGAACCGGAUCGUCGUCGGCGGUUUCUCAAUGGGCGGCGCACUGGCCAUGCACGCCGGCUACCAUCUGAAUCGCGAUUUGGGCGGUGUCUUUGCCAUUUCGUCAUUCCUGAACACCGGCAGUAUCGUGUACGAUUCGCUGGAAGGCGUUGCGCAGGACGAGCACCUGCCGGAGCUGCUGAUGAUGCACGGCGAGCGGGACACGCUGGUACCACCGGAAUGGGGACAGACCACGUUCGAUGAGCUGGCCAAGCUGGGUGUGCGUGGUCAGUUCGUACCGCAUCGUACCGCGCUGCACGAAAUCAAGCGCGAUCAGCUGGUGCGCGUUAUCGACUUUGUGCAGAAGAUUAUUCCGGAACCGGAGGACAACGUAUUCGAAACACCGGCACCCGACACAACGAAGGUCAGCAAAAAGGGAAAGCUAUGACGGAGUUCAUAUCGAAGCGAUAAGAUAAAAGCGCGUUGAAUGCGCUUCCAACAACCUUGCGAUCGUGGGGACAACGUUACGCGAAAUUGGUGUAUUGUACGCUGCAUUGUACGCGUUGAUUGAGCAAGAUAAGGAAAUGGUAUAAUGUGAUUAGCGGAAAUCGGUUUGUCGGUUAAGAUUUCCUGCAUAGGGAGGUAAACAAACGAGCUACAAACGUACACAUACACACAGGAUUGUCAUUCACAACAAAACACAAUUUGGUCUAAAAAUAAGGCUGCGCGAAUGCAGUUAAGCGCAUAAGCGGAGAAUGGAUGUUACUAUUCUUAGUAUCCUCGUGGCCGUUCGUGAUGGCUCGUGUGUCAGUUUUAGUUUCCCUUGGCUUAAGUUAAGCUUUGGGCAACAUUAAGGUGCGAAGUAAAUAAACCCCUUUUCUACAAUACAA